UGAGCUCUCCGAAUUCACCAGACUGUACAGAGUAGACGCAUCUAUUUUAUCCCUGUACAACUUGUCCAUUGGACCAUAUGGAGACAGAAAAAACUGAAUGUCCACACCACCAAUCUACUGGUUUCACUGUCCUGCCUCCCAAUAUCUUUUAUUUUAAUGAGAAUAAGCAUUUAGUGCGGUCCAGACUGAAGAAUCUCAACAACUAUUGGAUAGAUUGCUAUGAAAUUUGGUACAGACAUUUGUCCCCCUCAAACUAAAUUCUAAUAACUUUGGUGAUCCCUUAACAUUUUAUAUAUCGCCAUCAUCAGGGCAAAGUAUUAUCAACAAAAUUACUUUAGAAAAAACUUAAAGUAAUAAAACUAAAAUUACUUGUUCUGCAGAAAAGGGGGCUCUAUGACUCUUAUUAAAAUUGUUAAUACUUUACUGUUGUACAUACAGUUGGUAAUUUAGUCCAGUGGUUCCCGACUUAGGAAUAGGUCCCCUCCAAAGGGUCAGAUAAAAAGAAAGAUAAAUGUGGAUGCUUUUGAGAUGAUUAAUAUGGUAGGAAAGACGAAAAGAACAAACAACAUUAGCAACAUCACAAGAGAGCCCGACCAGACACUGCUUUCCUAAGUUAAAUAAUUGGGAACCACUGGUUUAAUCUUUAGCAAUGCAUGUUAUCGUUUGAACUAGUAACUAAAUCUUUCAAAUAAAUGUAGUGGAGUAAAAGGUACAAUUGUUCCUACUCAAAUGUUGUGAAGUAAAAGUAUAAAGUAACAGAAAAUGGAAAUAUUCAAAAUUAUACUGAAGUAGAAUUAAAUUAUGUGCUUUCCACCACUGCUAAACAUCAGCAUGUUAGCAUGCUGGUGUUAGCAUUCAGCUCAAAGCAUCGCUGAGCCUACAGCACCAUAUUUUCCCCCUUUCUUUCUAACUUAAAUUCACCAAAUGUAACGCUGGUAAAUGUUGUGUUUCCCUGUGUGUCACCCUCCAUUCACCAAAUGUAUUUUCAUCUGAUGGCUGAAUCAAGCUCUGUUGGACACUAUGUUGUCCUGAUGUUUCCUGAAAAAGAAAGAUAUCAUGUUUACUGAACUGUUGAAGCUGGCAAAAUACCUCACCAUCGGGAAAGUUACCUCGAUAAAAUUAAAGGAACUUUCCUGUGGCGCUUUGUCUGAUUUGCUGAAUGAGCAAUCAAAUACUGUUAAAACUCUGUUUCCAAAGAAAAGCCUCCUUUCUAACCAAUGAAAAAUGAUAAAGCAUCUCACCACACAGGAUCAUUUCUGUAUGUCUCUUGAUAAAGGGAAACAUUAAAGGUUUAAUAGAAGGUAAGUUUGGUAAGAUAACAUCUCAGAAGAAAUACAUUUCACCAUCAACUUUCCUUACUGUACAGUUUUAAAUAUUAAAGGCACAAAUACACAACAGGAUAAUAAAGUACAGAGGGGUUUCAAGGAGUGCAUAAGCUGUUUUACUGGUUGUUGACCUCAAACUUGCAUGAUGUCAGUGGUGGAAAGUAACUAAUUACAUUUACUGCUGUACUUUUUUUUUGAGGAACUUGUACUUGAGUAUUUCCACUUUAUGCUACUUUAUACAUUUACUCGACUACAACACAGAGGCAAAUAUUGUACAAUUAUUACAGGUUAAGAUAAACCUUUAUUGAUGCCUUGGUGGAAUUCACAGCAGCAGUACCGUAUAUAAAGUUACCAAAAAAUAAGCCCCACCCAUACCGGCUGCACAUUAAAUUAAAUGUACAUAAUUAUAAUUCAGUCAUAUAUACAUUACUUUGAAAUGGGCCAUUCUGCACAAGAACUUCUUGUAGACUACUUUAAGUACAUUUAAUACUUUCGUAGUUUUACUCAAGUCAAUUUUUGAAUGCAGGACUUUUACUUAUAACACAGUAUUUUUAUACAGUGGUAUUGCUACUUUUACUGAAGUAAAAGAUUUGAGUACUUCUUCCACUGCUGCCAGUGACACGAGGCUGGAUCUUUAAUGUGUCUAAUUUUCUCCAAAUAUGCUUUCUUGUGCUGUAAUAAGCAAAAAAGUGGCUAAAACAAUAUUUUGAGGGAGGAAUCUCAUCAUCCCUCCCUCCUUUGAUCUAACUUCUCCCUCCUCUGCCGUCUUAAGUUUGAAUAAGUGUCAGACCGACACACCUGUGAGCCUCUCUGCAGAUAUAAAGAGAGCACAUUACCUGUCCCACAGACGAGGAACUGUCUGGAGCCUUGCGGACUGAUAAACUUACAGUAUCCUGCACCAAAACCAACUACUUAUAUCAUCUGCAGACAUGAGAGAGUGCAUCUCUAUACAUGUGGGCCAGGCGGGUGUCCAGACAGGAAAUGCCUGCUGGGAGCUCUUCUGCCUUGAGCACGGCGUCGGGCCUGAUGGCGUCUUCCUGGACAAUCCUACAGAAUCAAAUUCCCGUUCAGACCCAUUCAACACUUUCUUCAAUACCGGGAGCUCUGGGCGUCAUGUUCCAAGAGCGAUUUUCGUGGACCUGGAGCCCACAGUGGUUGACCAAGUAAGGGUUGGAAAGUACAAAGAGCUUUUCCAUCCUGAGCAGCUGAUCUCUGGAAAGGAAGAUGCAGCCAACAACUACGCUCGUGGCCAUUACACUGUCGGGAAAGAAAUCAUUGAUGGAGUCAUGGAGCGUGUUCGUAAAAUGACGGACCAGUGCACAGGCCUGCAGGGGUUCCUUGUCUUUCACAGCUUUGGAGGUGGAACUGGCUCUGGCUUCACCUCUCUGCUAAUGGAGCGUCUGUCUCUAGACUAUGGCAAGAAAUCUAAGCUGGAAUUUGCCGUCUACCCGGCUCCCCAGGUGUCAACUGCUGUGGUGGAGCCCUACAACGCCAUCCUGACCACCCACACUACCUUAGAGCACUCUGACUGCGCCUUUAUGGUGGACAACGAGGCCAUCUACGACAUAUGUCGUCGCAACAUGGACAUUGAAAGUCCUGGUUACAUCAACCUCAACAGAUUGAUUGGUCAGAUUGUCUCCUCAAUCACGGCCUCCCUUCGUUUUGAUGGCGCCCUCAAUGUCGAUUUGAUGGAAUUCCAGACCAACCUGGUCCCAUUUCCACGCAUCCACUUCCCACUGGUUACCUACUCACCCAUCAUUUCUGCUGAGAAGGCAUACCACGAGCAGCUGACUGUGUCCGAGAUCACAAGCGCCUGUUUCGAGCCGUCCAAUCAGAUGGUCAAGUGUGACCCUCGUCACGGCAAGUACAUGGCGUGCUGCAUGCUGUACCGAGGCGAUGUCGUCCCUAAAGAUGUGAAUGCCGCCAUUGCAAGUAUAAAGACCAGACGUUCUAUUCAGUUUGUCGACUGGUGCCCCACUGGCUUCAAGGUUGGCAUUAAUUACCAACCUCCAACUGCAGUUCCUGGUGGGGACCUGGCCAAAGUCCAGAGAGCUGUGUGCAUGCUGAGCAACACCACCGCCAUUGCUGAGGCCUGGUCUCGCCUUGACCACAAGUUCGACCUCAUGUACGCUAAGCGUGCAUUCGUCCACUGGUAUGUGGGUGAGGGCAUGGAGGAGGGAGAGUUUGCAGAGGCCAGAGAGGACCUGGCCUGUCUUGAAAGGGAUUACGAGGAAUUGGGUCAAAUGAGCCCCGAUUCUGAAAAUGACGAUGAAGGACAAGAAUACUGAACCUCGUGAGGCUUUGGGCUGUGACGACGGCAGAGUUAAUAAUUGUCACUGCCAUAUUUUUAUAAUGCCAGCUUUGGAUUAAGAAGACAAACUACUCUAAAUUGUAUUUUAAUUGUGCUGUCAAAUAAGUUUGUCUUGACAUAUUCUGUGUUAAACUUGUUGGAGACAUGCGAAUAGGGUGUUACAGUGGUCUAAGACGACACCAUGUAACCACCAAGUCCCCACUACAAAUCUGCCCAGGGAUCUUUGUUGCAGGUCACCACCUUCCCUCUCUGUCCACUUUUGAAUAAAGGCAAACACGCCCAGAAGAUUAGACCUUAAAAUGAACGUACAAGCAAAUUUACCAAAAUUGACAUUGGCUUUACUUCGUCACUAUCAAAGGAAGGUUAAAAUCAAAGGCAACUGGUCUCGGUUGAAGAUACUUGAAGACGUUUCGCCUCUCAUCCAAAGGGCUUCUUCAGUUCUGACUGACUGGUAGGGAAUCCCUGCCAUUUAGUGUGGUUGAAUGACCACAAUGACAGUCAUUACAACAGCCAGGAGCACGAACAAACCAAGCGGUAUCCAUCACCUUGGUAAUGACCCCACAGAGAUUAAAUGGCUGGGAUUCCCUAUAAGUCGGUCAGAAUGACCUGGAUGACUGAGAAUCUUCACAGAUACUUCCUCAUUGUUUCCUCAUUCCUCGAUGUGGAACAAUGAGGAAGUAUCUGUGAAGAUUCUCAGAUUCUCAUACCGCUGUAUGUGAAAUAAGUAACAGUAAUAAUUCCAAUUUUUUCUUUAAAUACAUUCCUCCUUACCUUAUUAAAACCCAAUAUAUAGAGAAUUAUUGAAAUGGCAACCCUUCCCUUUGCAACAAACUGGGCUUGCACAUUUGAUGAAGGUGACAAAAAACUGAAAUGGCCAUACAGCAGUGGUGGAAAGUAACUAAGUAGUUUUACUCAAAUGAGGAACUUGUACUUUAUUUCAGUGUUUCCAUUUACUGCUACUUUAUACUUCUACUCCACUACAAUUAUUUGACAGCUGGAGUUACUUGUUAUUUUUCAGCUGAAGAUUUUACAUAAAGAAAACAUUUGAUAAGCUUAUAAAAUUCAAUAUAUUGUAAAGGGUGAACCAUUGGUUUCUAAACUUUUGAUUCAUUUUCUCUCUAGACUGCUCUGAUAUUUUUAAUCAAAUAAUUGAGUACUUUUACUUUUAAUUUCAUUUGACUGAUCAUCAUCUUGUAUUUGUAAUGGAGUAUUUUUACACUGUUGUAUUGGUACCCAAGUAAAGGAUCUAAAUACCUCUUCCACCACUGGCAUACAGCAUCGUUAUUACACAUACAGAAAUAGUUGUAUAGGGAAAGAAGGAAACGUUUUAUAUGUUAUAUGGGCGAUGUAUUGCCAAAAAGUAAUUUACAGACAAAGAAAUGUGCAGAAUGCUUCCUUCAUAUUGACAAAUAUGUUUAAGGUCAAUUAGACCAGAGAGGUCUGAUUAGACCUCUUAUAAAACUCCAGUAAUAGGGAAACAAACGGGAGACUGUGAGACCAAAUAUACUUGCUUGACAUUUGGGAGGGGUAGUGCUUUGUAAAAAGUAUUGUUAACACUAAUCACAGAUAUGGAGAAUAUGAAUACAGAUUGUAUCUAACCAUGUUUUACAGCUGAGGUCUCUGAGACCCCAAACAGAAGUAAUGCAUCGUUGUAGCCAACAUCUGAGACAUCAUUAGUUCGAACUCAUGCUAAUAAGUGAUAAUUAGGAAAUGUCAUAUAGGAUCAAGGUGGUAAACCAAUGUAUGUUUUUGUAACUGUUAAGCAGGGCCAGGGGUCACCAGGAUCAUCAUUUGUAUCUCCUUGACUGAUUCAGUGCAAGUAUGCAGGCAAAGCUACGCUCAUCAAAACACUUUGACUUGGUUUGGUUAGGUCUAUCGUCAGAGAAGAGGGAUCACAGAAACUAUGACUUUUGAUGUUUAAUUGGCAAAACAUCACAGUAUCACAGGUGAGUAUAUAUUCAGUGAAAGGACAUCAUACAAAUAAUGUUUAGUUUAUUUGACACAGUGAGAUGGAGGACCCCAGGUCAUCUACAGAAUGUCAAGGAUAACAACAAAAGUCAAAGACUUAUUUUCAUUGUGCUCCUUGAUGUCCUGGUACCAAGGUAAUCAUGAUACUAUCAAA